GAAACUGUUUGGAUAUCGUAAAAAAAUUAUUUGAAAGCGAAAUAUAUCCGAGAAGUUUUCAUACCACUACCACUUUCAUAUUCCCGCAUUUCUUAAUGUGUUUGUUGAAUAAAGAAAUAAAUAAAAUAAAAAUUUAAAAAUGGACAGUAAAAAAGUUUCUAAUAUAGCGAAGUGGCAAAAUUCAGAGGGUUUAAGUGAUUUAAUUUACACUCUUGAAGAAUUCCAAAAUUUUUUUCGAACUGUAAUUAAGUCUUCUUCCAACAAAUUCAAUAGUUAUUCUCCUUCGCCGGGAUCUUCAUGUUCUCCAAAAAAUGGAACUACUUCUUCGUCCAAUUCGUUUAACAGUAAUUCCUCUCCUGCGGAAUCUUCAAGUUCUUCAAUUAAAAAUAGAAGUUCUUCUUCGUCCAAUGCAUUCAACAGUAAUACUUCUUCUCCGGAAUCUUCAAAUUCUUCAAUAAAAGAUGAAACUACUUCUUCGUCCAACACGUUCUUCUCUAACAAUAAUUCUUCUCUGGCGGAAUAUUCAUUUUCUUCAAUAAAAAAUGUAACUAAUUCUUCGUCCAAGAAGAGCAACAGUACUUCUUUUUCAGCAGAAUCUUCAGAAAAUGGAACCACUUCUUAUUCAAAUGCAUUCGACAGUGAUUCUUCUCCUCCAAGAUCUUCAUAUUCUUUAAUAAUAAAUGAACUUAAUUCUAAGUCCAAGCCGAGGGAAAGAAAUUAUUCUCCUAAUGUUCAAUCUUCGAAUUUUGCAAUAAGAAACGGAACUAUUUCUUCAUCCAAUACGUUCAACAGUAAUUCUGUUCCUCGGGAAUCUUCAAAUUCUUCAAUAAGAAAUGGAACUAAUUCUUCGUCCAAUACAAUCCUUCGCAAUUGUUAUCCUCCGCAAAGUUCAAUUUCAUUAGUAAAAUUUGGAGCCGGAUAUUCCACUUAUUCGUGCAACUGUAAUUCUUCUACUCCAAGAUCUUCAUAUUGUUUAAUAAAAAAUGGAAUUACUUCUUUGCCCAAGACGAACAACAGUAAUUCUUCUUCUCCGGAAUCUGGAAAUUCUUCAAUAAAAAAUGAAACUACUUCUUCUUCCAACACGUUCAACAGUAAUUCUUCUUCUCCGGAAUCUUCAAAUUCUUCAAUAAAAAAUGGAACUACUUCUUCGACCAACACGUUCAACAGUAAUUCUUCUUCUCCGGAAUCUUCAAAUUCUUCAAUAAAAAAUGAAACUACUUCUUUGACCAACACGUUCAACAGUAAUUCUGCUCUUCAGGAAUCUUCAAAUUCUUCAAUAAAAAAUGGAACUACUUCUUCGUACAAGACGUUCAACAGUAAUUCUUCUCCUCCGGAAUUUUCAAAUUCUUCAAUAAAAAGUAGAAGUUCUUCUUCGUCCAAUGCAUGCAACAGUAAUUCUUCUCCUCCGGAAUUUUCAAAUUCUUCAAUAAAAAGCAGAAGUUCUUCUUCGUCCAAUGCAUUCAACAGUAAUUCUUCUUCUCCGGAAUCUUCAAAUUCUUCAAUAAGAAAUGGAACUAAUUCUUCGUCCAAUACAAUCCUUCGCAAUUGUUAUCCUCCGCAAAGUUCAAUUUCAUUAGUAAAAUUUGGAGCCGGAUAUUCCACUUAUUCGUGCAACUGUAAUUCUUCUACUCCAAGAUCUACAUAUUGUUUAAUAAAAAAUGGAAUUACUUCUUUGCCCACGACGAACAACAGUAAUUCUUCUUCUCCGGAAUCUGGAAAUUCUUCAAUAAAAAAUGAAACUACUUCUUCUUCCAACACGUUCAACAGUAAUUCUUCUUCUCCGGAAUCUUCAAAUUCUUCAAUAAAAAAUGGAACUACUUCUUCGACCAACACGUUCAACAGUAAUUCUGCUCUUCAGGAAUCUUCAAAUUCUUCAAUAAAAAAUGGAACUACUUCUUCGUACAAGACGUUCAACAGUAAUUCUUCUUCUCCGGAGUCUUCAAAUUCUUCAAUAAGAAAUGGAACUACUUCUUCGUACAAGACGUUCAACAGUAAUUCUUCUCCUCCGGAAUUUUCAAAUUCUUCAAUAAAAAGCAGAAGUUCUUCUUCGUCCAAUGCAUUCAACAGUAAUUCUUCUUCUCCGGAAUCUUCAAAUUCUUCAAUAAAAAAUGAAACUACUUCUUCGUCCAACACGUUCAACAGUAAUUCUUCUCCGGCGGAAUAUUCAUUUUCUUCAAUAAAAAAUGUAACUAAUUCUUCGUCCAAGAAGAGCAACUUUACUUCUUCUUCAGCGGAAUCUUCAGAAAAUGGAAUUUUUUUAGCAUUUGUUUUGAACCUUUAA